CAAUGCUACACAACAAGCAUGGGUUCGAAAACAAAAAGAGGAAAAGCGAGGAAAGCAGGGGCAAAAGUCAGUCAUUACAAACUCUCCAACAAAAGACUUACAAAGUUAGCCAAACAAGGUAAAUUGAAGAAGAAUUUAAAGAAGAACAAACAGCUCAUAGAACAGAAACUAAAGCAGCUGAAAGGAGGUAAAAAUGCAGAGAUCAUACAUCAAUAUUCUGACCUGGAAGAGGAAGAUAGAAUGGACACUGAUGAUGUGGAAAUUUUUUCCAACCCUAACUGCAGUUUUGUGGAAGGAAUUGCAAAAGGGGUGAAGAGGCAGCCCUACAGUGAUCCAGUGGCACAGUAUGAACAGGUGCCCAGGAGAAUGCACCAUGAGGAAGAACCAGUAUUAAAGCCACUGUUGCCUAUCAAAAGCAAACAAGGCCUUGUUGUUAGGAUGGGAGUGCAAGAAGAAGAUGAAAAGUCAAAAGAGGACACUGUGAUAAAUGAAGAUGCUGCUGAAAAAAUACCAGAACCCUGUGAACCACUUCCAGCACUGAGUACAGCACAGUUGUUUGCACAGAGGCAAGAAAAACUGAGAGAAGUAAAGCAGAAGAUUGCACUGCUGGCUGGGGCCAUCAUUGAAAACCCAGAAGAAAAUAUGAGAAAACUUAAAGAACUGAGGGUGAUGCUAGAGUUUCAGGAUCCCCAGUUAUUUAUAACAGUACGUAAACUGGCCAUGCUGUCACUGCUAGAGGUGUUCAAGGAUAUUAUUCCUGGCUACAGAAUCAGGCCUCCUACAGAUAAAGAAAAAGAGCAGUCAAUGAAACUGGAAACCAAAAAAAUCAGGGACUUUGAAGAAAGUCUAAUUCACAACUACAAGCUUUAUCUCCAGUUCUUGGAAAGAAUGUCAACAGGAGUGAAUGCCAAACCAACCAAGAAAAAAGCAAAAUAUAUCAAAGAAAGGAAUGCCUUUCCACAAGAGGCAGCAAAGGUGCUACGAGAGCUGUCAGUUCAUUGUAUGUGUGAUUUGCUGGUGACACAUCAAAACUUCAACUUUAGAAGCAAUCUUGUGACAGUGGUAGUGCCAUUCAUGAACCACAAGAAUGUCAAGCUCUCUGACCAUGUUUGUGAAUGUGUUGAAAAGAUUUUUAAAUCAGACAAACUGGGAGAAAUAACACUUGAGAUUGUCCAGCACAUUAACAGGAUGGUUAAGUCAAAGGGAGAACAUGUCCAACCUAAGGUAUUGGAGACGUGUCUUUCCCUCAAGAUAAAAGAAAGUGAUAUAAUAAAUAAAGAAGAAGAAAAAGAAGAUAAAAAAAUGACUAAAAAACAAAAGAUGCAAACUAUGUCGAGGAAAGAGAGAAAGAGAAACAAGCAGAUGGAAGUUCUUGAAAAAGAGUUACAGGAAGCUCAGGCCACAGUGGACAAGAAGAAGAGAGCAAGAACAUUCACAGACAUCGUUCAGACAUUGUUUUUAGUCUACUUCCGUAUUUUGAAGACAGCAAGAAAUUCAGUGCUACUGUCCUCGGUGUUAGAAGGCCUAGCCAAAUAUGCCCACUUGAUAAAUGUGGAGUUCUUCAGUGAUUUAUUUAAUGUCCUUAAUGCAUUGGUGGAAUCAGAGGAACUUGGCCGAAGAGAAUCGCUCCUCUGUAUCCAGACUGCCUUCACUAUCCUCUCUGGGCAAGGAUCAGCGCUGAAUAUUGACCCUCUCAAUUUUUACAGGCACCUCUACAAAACACUGCUCAGUAUCAAUGCUGCACAGACCAAUGCUCACAUUCCGAUUGUUCUUCAGUGUUUGGAUUCAAUGAUGAUAAAGAGGAAAAAGCAGGUGUCUGUGCCAAGGGCUUUGGCAUUCAUCAAACGACUCAGCACCCUCACCCUGCAGUUGCUGCAUCCUGAAGCCCUGGGCCUCCUAUCAACCCUGCGCCAGUUGGUUCAUAGCUUUCCCAAGUCAGACUUGCUGUUUGAUGCAGAAACCCUUGGGAGUGGUACUUUCUUCCCUGAGCUGGCUGAUCCUGAGCACUGCAAUGCCCAUGCCACUGCACUGUAUGAACUGCACACUCUCAGAAGACACUAUCACCCAGUGGUGAGGAAAUAUGGCAAUCACAUCUGCCACGGAGCCCCUUCCUCAGGAAAUGGUCAGCUUCCACUUGAGAUGACAAAACUGAGUCCAGAAGAGCUGUACAAUGCGUACGAUGCAGGUCUUAUGAAAUUCAUCCCAGACCUACCAAAGGAAGCCCCCAAAACCAAGAGAGUACAGGUGCCAUAUGAUGAAUUUGUGCAAGACAGUAUCACACAGGAUGCCAGCAGUCUGUUGGAGAACAGUUCUCUGGGGAAUAUUUCCAUGACAACAGACUUUUAUUCUGGAAAUAAGAAGAGAACUAAAAAGCAACAAUUAAAAUGUUCUAAGAAAAUUAGGUGAAAAGGAAUCACCUUAUAAAUGCAGCUUGCAAAUUCUGUACAAGAGGCUUUGAUAUACAUUUUUAAUAAUAAGUUUCAUCAAUAACUGUCAGUGCUACAGCAGUGAAAUUGCUCUAGUAAAGAUAUACAUUGAAGAAAUGAUAGACGGCUAUAUUUUACUCUUAUUCUUUCUUGAAAAAUAUGAAAUAGAGAGUAUUUUGUAUAAGUGAAAUUAGACCAUGAUACCCUACUAAAAACACUCAGUCAUGAGACUUGAUUGAUAGACAAAAGGUAUUUCUGAGGGCCAAACUGAGAAAUAUGUUUAU